AUGCCAGCGACAAGCCCACGGGACAUCGAAUCUGAUGAACCUUUCGAUUUUGGACAAGGCUUCCUGGUCCCUGCGAACGUUUCCAUUGAUGACUAUGAUUCUACUCCCAUGAUCCCACUACCUCAUCUCAACCUACGCGACCUUGACAGUCUGGAAGAGCCAUUCGCUCCAGAAUUCGGUAACAUUACCGACUUAGAUCUCGAUACCCGCGCACCCAAAGAGACCAAAGUAUUUUUCGGCAAAACUCAGGUUGACUAUGGCUGCGAAGCCUCGAUCAGAAACCCUCUCGGCACAGCCAUCCACUCCAUCUGCGGAAAUGGAGAUUGCGACAAGAGUGUCGUGUACACCCGAAAGGUCAAGCAUAUGGCUGGCGGUAGCCGUAGAAAAGAUGCCUGGCUGCGUAUCUCGGUCCGGGGCGAGUACUUCGGCCGUCACACACGAGGUUACAUGGCCUCAGCCGUUCAGAAAUCAGUCAACGACAAGACUGCCAAACCAGCUAUGCGAUACUAUCUCCCAACGAACCCAAACUUCCAGGCCCAAAAAUGUAAGAUGUCAAAGUUUAGCAACUACAUCAAGAUGCGCAAGAACUUUGGCGAUACCAUCUACAUGGAGAUUGAUGUUACCCUUAAGACUAGCAACUCACACUGCUUUACACCGAAUCUUCUCAAGGAGGUUGCUGGUGCCAUGGGAGGGAUUGGAGGUUCCUUUUUCGGGACUCUUGUUACGGGCAUGAUUGGUUGUUAA